GUAUUAAUAUAUAAUUUUAAACCUUUUGCUGACACACGAUAUAAGCUAAUUUGCCAGUAGAACCGACCCACACCUAUGAUAGUCUAUUACACAAGCAAUUGCAAAGGCAUUAGAAAAUCUUGUAGUACUAAUCAAUAACGUAAGACGGUAUGAGCAGUUGAAGAAUAUAAUGUAAUUGUCAAAUAUUCGAUUAGUUGUAACAAUAUUUAGUUCAGCCUGACACAACUGGAGCAGAAGUGCAUAACACAGUGAACUAUUUUAUGAGCAAAGUACAUCGCCGGUUGUACAACGGGGGCUUCCGGGAGAAAACUUGAUCCUGAAUGCAUCAGGAGUCAACUGAGCUGUGCCAUGUUUUUUCUUCGUGUCAACAGUACAAGAUUUUAGUGUCAGCUAGGGAUUGUCUUCACCUCGCUAGGUGGUAUUUAGUAUCUGAAAGGAAUCAGUUUUGAUUUAGUUUCCUUAUGCAAAGCAAGAAAACAAAGAUGACAUCAAAGCAGAAAGUUGGCAAGGUUGGCUCAAAGAACAAAGAGGAUGCUCCCUAUGAGCUGGAGAGUCAGUUCGUCCUUAGGCUUCCUAUGGAAUAUGCCUCCACAGUAAGAAGGAUAGCCCAGUCAAGCAGUAUGAACAUGAAAGACAGGCUCACCAUCGAGUUGCAUCCGGAUGGUCGUCAUGGCAUAGUGAGAGUAGACCGUGUCCCCUUGGCUUGUAAGCUGGUGGAUCUUCCCUGUAUCUUGGAGUCUCUUAAAACAGUGGACAAGAAGACUUUUUAUAAGACUGCUGAUGUCUGUCAGAUGCUGGUGUGUACACUAGAUGGAGACCUGUACCCUCCUUUAGAGGAGCCCACGGGAAGCACCGACCCUAAGAGCAAGAAGAAGGACAAAGACAAGGACAAGAAGUUCAUCUGGAACCAUGGCAUCACCUGCCCUCUGAAGAACACACGCAAAAGGAGAUUUCGCAAGACUGCGAAAAAGAAGUACAUCGAGUCUCCUGAUGUGGAAAAGGAGGUGAAGAGAUUGCUAAGUACAGACGCUGAGGCUGUCAGUGUCCGGUGGGAGGUGAUAGCAGAGGAUGAGACCAAAGAGGCAGAUCAGCAUGGUGCUCUGGCCAACCUGGACUCCUCACCAGGCACGUCGGGACACAAGAUGGGGCACGGUUCUUCAACCCAACGUGAUGAACUGAGAGAGAUCUUCAAUGACAUCAGCAGCAGCAGUGAGGAUGAGGAGGAUGAAGGGGAUCGGCAUGAGGAUGAGGACCUGAAUAUCAUGGACACAGAGGACGACCUGGUCAGACAGCUCCAAGACAAACUCAGCGAAUCUGAUAACGCACAUCACGAGUCGGACGGAAACAACCAGAUAGUAAUGGAGUAUCAGGUGCAGAUCAACAGUGUCAAGGCCAAGCUCCAGGAAACUCGUGCCCGCAAGAAACAGCAAGAGGAACUCAUCAUGAAAGUGGAGAACCAGGCCCUCAAGAACCGCUUUCAAGCUCUAUUGAACGAGAUUAUUCAACAGGAAGAGCGAGAGAUGGAGCAGCUGGCCUCCCUUCAGGAGCAGCUGGACUCACUCAUCGAGAAGUGACCACAAGGGGGCAGCCACACGUCAUUGUUGUCCAGAGAGCCACCAGGAGCAAAGGGACCUGCUGUAAUAGGAUUAGGACUCCUCAUUUGCUGACAUGAUGUGUCAUUCCUUUCACUUAACAAUUUUCUUACAUUGUAGAAGUGCAACAUACCUCUGUUAGUAGUAAAAGUGAAUGUUUGUUCUUGAAUUGACAGGAUCGGUUUUAAAUUAUCCAUUAAUGUAUGAUUAAAUAUUUGGUUGGAC